ACUCUUCAAAGGCUGACAGAAACAGCUCCAUGCUGUGUCGGUGUCCCCUCACAGGCUGGGCGCGCUGUGGUUUGUGUGGUGACACAGCCAUCCCGCCCCAAGCAGGGCUGUCAUAUUUAGGCCCAGUGUUUCUCCACAGGCAGGGGCUGGGUGAGGCCUUUCCUCACACCCUCAACAAACAGCAGUGGUUGCCAUUUAGACAAAAAGAUGUAUAGGAGCAGAAUCAUAUUAAAGCAGGAAAGGAGAAAACAAAAGGAAUACUUUGAAAAAAAGAAACUUAAAUCAAAAAUGAAGCUUCUGGAAGUAUCAUCUCCUAAAAGUUCAGCAGUCAGUUUAGAUCUUCUUAAUCUCUAUGUGGUUAACCAGAUAUCAACCAAAAAAGACAACACCGAGAAUGUGAGGAAGCCAGUCCAUGUGGAUAUCAUUGAAGAUGUAAAAAAACUUCCUGGGAGACACAACUUAGAGCUUCCCACGUCACCACUACAUACACAACAUAAGUCAAACCUAGAUGAUCUCCAGAACAGGUUACAAAAGCAAGUACUGGACAGCAGAAGGCAGCAUCUGUCAGAGAAAGUAAAAUACCAGCAUAAUGGUUUUCAGUCCUCUAGCUGUACACAGCUUCCAGAAGAAAAGUUCAACACAAACCUAAUGGGCGACAUUUGGGAACAGACCUAUGAAGAGAAGCUGCAAAAGCAGCCAGGAAAUAUUCCCAAUCAAGACUCAUGGAAUACUAAACCUCCAAGCCAGUGCAUUUUCAGGAAGUCUGAUACAGUGCUUCAGGAACUGUUUGAACCAUUUCAUAGGCUAGACCCUAUGAAUUCUGCCAGGAAAAAUCCAGUCAUAAUGACCAGUAACGAAUCAGAAAACUGUGAGGGAAUAAAAGCACCGCUAUUUGAUUUUGUGAAAGAAGCUGCAGAACUGAAAGCUCCCCAAGUUGGAAGUGGUUGUUCCUUUCUGGCACUGUUUGAAGAUGAGAGCCAACCAAUCUACAAUAAUCCUUCCACAAAGCAUUUUAAUCUUUUUGUUAACCAAAGCAGUACUGACAUUUUUUUCAUCCAUUCUGACGUUAGAAAUCAAAUGACUGACAGAAAUUAUCCUUACAACACUAGAAAGGCUUAUCCUGCAAUCAAUAAAAAAAAAAGUUCUGUAGACAGACACCUUGAAGGCAUUUUCACAACUCCAGAACUCGUUUUUCUUAAAAGUAACAAUGACUCAAGUGCAAGCUACAAGGAAACCAGUGGACUUCAUAAAACCAACCUGCAGAACUUUAAUGAGGGACAGCACUACUUCAUACCCUGUGAAAAGAAAGAAAAACAUGCAAACCUUGAAAAAAUUGAGACAUUUGCUUAUCACCAUGAUCAGCAGAUUAACUUAAAGGAGAAUGUGCAGAAUUAUUCAAGAAAAAAAAGGGAUGACGAGUCCAUGAAAGAAACAGCCUGGAGACAGAACCAGCUCUUUGGAUUUGAAGAGUUUACAAUAGCACGAGAGAAAGAGUCUAAGUUUGGGGCAAGUUCAAAUCUUCAUGAGAUGGAGAAAAUUAUGGAGUCACCACUCAGCAGCCAGUCUUACAGUUACUCUCCAAGGCAGACCGAGAGCUAUUUGAGCUGUAGUCCUGACACAUGCUUGGCCAUGUGGAAUUACAGUAGCAUGACUGUAGGAAGAUGCUCUUCCUUUGUGUAUAGCUGCCUUACAUUACAUGCCUGUAAAGCAGAAGGAUUUGACACACGGUGUUUUCAGCCAUUCUUGAACACAAAAACAUCAUGGCGUUGUGAAGAGGAAGACACAGCCAAAAAGACAGAAUAUCUGAAUGAACAGUCCUUGAAGACACAUGAUGCCAACCUCUCAGCAAGCAGAGAGGCCCCCAAGAGCUUCCACACCAGAACUGUGCCUCUCCAGCCCAGCAGUAAUUUGUCUAGAGAAGAAGCAAACAUUCUUCAGGAUAAAGGCUUAAUGUUUUGCACCAUAGAGGACAAAAAUAAAAACCACGCUGCUCCAUCCGAGGGCAGCUCAUCACACCGAGCCCUUAAGAGAGAGCACGUCACUCGCAGCACCAGGUGUGAUGUUUGGUCGCAGACUGAGCGCUCUGUGACAGAAGUAGAGAAGGCGGAUGUGGCCACUCAGUGUGGCACCCUGCGGGUGUGCAGCUGUGGGGGCUCCCUGCCCGCAGCCCGCAGCCCAGUCGGGGUCCCUCCUCCCCGCACCGCCGGCACCGCGGGAGAAGACGAACUGCCAGCGCAGGAGAUACCGCAGCCCGCGGGCGCCGGCAGCGCGGCCGGGACUGCUGCCCUUCCUUCUGAAGCCGAGUACCUGAGUUUGGCUGGCAAAAGGACUCUGGAGGUGCUGAACUACAUUGAUAAAAUGAAGGAGAGAGAUAAGCAGUGACCAACUAGAAUGGCAUGGGGGGAACACAGAAGUUUUGUUCUGUUCUCAGUGUGUUUCAUUCACUUGGCAUGUUUUGAUUUUUCUAGCCUGGUUGGACAAAAAAUAUUUUUGCUGUUUGUUUGCUUUAAACUAUUAAUACCUAUGGAUUUCUGUCUAACUACUGGUAUCUCUAAAUAUGGGUUUCUAUAAAUAUCCAACUGUUAACACAUGGGUUUACAAUACCCUAGUAAAUAUAAGCAUUAGGAAUUAGAUUGGCUUUCUCACCAUAUAUCCAUAGGAUUCUGUAGUUUGGGAUUGACUUUGCUUCUUUUAACGUAGUGGAAAGAUGUUGUUUCACUUCAAAACAUUUUUGAUGUGGGUCUUAGUUCAGAGCUAUUGUCUGGUUCUUAUCCAUUUUAACAGACAAACUCACCUUUUCUGUGUGUUCAUACUAAAUACAAAAAUGGAAAACAAUGGAAAAUGUUGUUUUUCUGCACACAUAGAAUAGAAUGUAAUUUAAAAAGAACUAAUUUAUUAUUUAAAAAAAAUGCUGAGUUUUCCUUCCACAGCAGAUCUAUUGAUACACUCUCUGGCUGUUAAUACUAACAAAUCUUUCAUAUGUUUCUGUAUUCUGUCUGCAAAUUAAAAAUUUGAACUACUUUCCUCUUCAGUAUUUAUGUGAAGUCACAAAUCACAACAAAAUAAAAGUUUCUGAUAAUAUUG